AUGUGCUCCUACACCUACUCGUGGUACUACUGCAACCACGACUACUAUAUCUGGGCCAACAGCAUUGAAGUCUGCCAUAACCGCCUGCUGUCCGGCUACUCGUACGACGCCUGGAGCAUCGACAUGUGCAAGAACAUGCAAGUGAACUGCGGCGGCUUCUCCAACUAUUACUGCUCCGAAUGCUCCGAAGACGUUGCGCUAGAGUUCGAGUUGGACGAGUUGUAG